UUUUUAUACAUCUGGUAACAUAGUUGGUAUGCAGCCGGCAGUCGCAGAAACGCCAGCAGUGACAAACUUACCGCCGUUUUGGUAGUAAACAAACUGUGUAGAAGAAAAAUAUUCCACUAUUAAACAAACUGCAACAGGCAAUCAGAAAAUAAUGGCCUUUUAUAACGAAAAUCUUGGUAAUCGCAUAAUGGAGUUGAUGAACUAUCCCAUACCGGAUCGUUGUGUGGAAUUGACGCAGCUGUUCGAGCGUUGCAGUCUACGUGAAUUACAGGAUGUAUUCCCAACAAUAGUACAAUCAGUGUUUGGCAUAGGUAGUGGAGGACUUGGGUGGGGUUUACGUGCCACCACCAAGGAGAAUUCGCCAAUGUGCUUCGAUAUACUACAUGAGUUCUUCUCGCCGAUGGGCCCAAUGUUGCGCCUGUGCUAUCGCCUGCUUAAUGAAACGAUCAAAUUUGAAUUUAAUUUGGAUUUGCUGCCACACAAAGUAAGCGAGAUGAUACAAUCUGGGCAAUAUUCACUUUUCUAUGCCGACUUAGUAAACAUUGAUCCAUUCCGCCGUCACGUCACAUCACUCCUACUGAACGCAUUCGAUUAUUAUAUGCUGCACUAUGUUAUUCACGCUACAUUUCCACUACAUAAAAUGUUUCCAGCUGCAUUGCAAGUGCAUAAUGAGCGCAUGAAAACGGUUUAUUUCUUUCUAACAGCUGAAUAUCUAUGCACAUUUUUGCCUGGCAAUCCAGAUGCGAUCGUUUUUCCAACAAAUAUUUGUACGUCGGUGAAGGCGCCACAACCACUGCAGCCAGUGCAACCGCUGCAGCCGCAACGCUCACCAAAAUAUUUGAAAAUACCAACAAACACCAGUUUGUUUCAGGCAGACAGCCCAUCUACGUCAGCGGCGGCUGCAGCGGCUGUACAGGCCGCACGAAAUUGUGAGUCGCCGCGUACGCAUUGUUGGCGCACAGAAUCUGUAUUGCAUUUCUUCAUAGACACAUGGCUGCGCUAUGACAUUGAUGAGGCGCGUGACCUACCGAGCAGCGAAUUUAUACGCGUUGUGCGCAUAUUGGUUAAGCAAGUGCAUACAUUUGCCAAUUCGACACACAUGGAUCACACACCAAUGGUGAUGUUACGUAAACUCGCCAGUCCAAUGAUGAAAACGCGCAUUUAUCCAUUUCUAAAAAGCAUUAUAGGACGCUGGCCGCUCGACAGUUCACUCUCAGUGGUGCUGGAGUUGUGGCUCAGCUAUAUACAACCUUGGCGUUAUCUGUUCGAUGCGCCAAAUGCAAACUACUAUGCUGGUAGUGGUGUUAAUGUGAAAAACAAUAUAGUGUCGGGUAAUAUGGCCAAUGAAGUAGCAGUAAGUCAGCGUUUUAGCACAUUUAUAGCGGAGAAUUUGAUAAUAUAUACGCAAAUUUUUGUCUACAUUUUACCGCGUUUCGAACGUCUGGAUUUCACAACAUUUAGAAAUGUUAUUAUGCUGCAUCGCUUAGUAAAGGUUUUCAGUCAACCUAAUCUGCCAACAAUGCUUUGUCAAGCGGAGCAAGCAUAUAUUUGUCAGCUAGGCAUGGAUUCACCACGGAAGCAUUCAGUCUAUGUCAGACAAGGCAAAGCUGAAUGGGAUGGCAUUUUCCACGAGGAAAGCUAUACACCACUCUUUGGUUCUGCGGUCAAAUGCGAGAUUGAGCAAGUUAUCAAAACAGUAUGCAUUUCCCGUUUAUAUGUGCUGCAAGAAAUCGAUAGCAUACGACACGAUAUUGUGGCACAACGUAAGGCGCAUAGUUUUUUGCGUAAAAUGUUUGCAAGCAUCUUUGCUGAUGUCUCACCGGCGCAAUUGAAAUUACAAGAAAUUGCUAAAAUACCUGACAUACUUGAUUUAGCUGUGCGCUCAUUGUCCAUUAUGUUCGAUGUACGACUGCCAGAGAUUACAAUGGAACAAAUACACGAUCGCAGCAGUCCGCAAUUAAACUUUUCCGCAUAUGAUAGUAGUGAUUAUUUGGAUAUAACAAAAGUUUCGCCAAUACAGAUGCAAAAUAAUUUAGCGAAUUUAUCAGCCACAAUCGACCCUGCCACAGUGCCUAUACAGGAUUAUGAGGUUAAAUUCUUAGUGCGCUUUUUGCACAAAAUCUCCUGUCGCCUCAAUGAAAUGUUUGGCGCCGAAAUUCAAGCAUUAUGGUGUCGCACGGAUUUUGUGGGGAAAUUAGCGCGCCAAUUAUUGCAUGCACCUAUGACACAGCAGUGGUUUGACAAAUCGAGAGGUGUCAGUGAAUUGUGUGAGGAACGUCUACCCGCCCGUAUAUGCCUACGUCCAUUGGCCUCAUAUCAAGUGCUCGGGCUCAUCACAUUUGCCAUGCUCAUCGGUUACUCAUUAUGGCAUGCGCCCAUUUAUGGACUAUUUAUUUUAAUAUUACUAUUUUUUAUAUAUAUCACUAUACUAGCAUUAUGUGUGUAAUUACAUACAUACAUAUAUACAGAGAUAUGUAUAUACAUACAUUUAGCUACAUAAUUAUUGUUCUUAAUGUCCUUAUACUCCUUUAUAUUUGAAAUUUCUUAAUAUUUUGUAUAUGUACGUAUGUAUGCGUGUUUAAAAUCUAAACUGAGUGGAAAGAAUAUUAUAUACUAUAUAUAUAUAGAGAAUAUAUAUAUACGUGUUGUGUAUGUAUGUAUAUGUAUUAACUAAGGCUAUGCGAUGUCACGAAGUUUUAUUGCCAGUCUUAAUGGCUGAUCGGGUACCGUUACCAAACGCAGCUUGCAGUCAAUUGGUGUUGUGUUGUUGCAUUGCAAUUGAAAAUUGCUUAUCACCUGAAAUGUUCAAGCAUAUAUCAAAAAAUUUUAAAUCAUAAAUGUGUGCAAUUGACAAGCACUCACCGUUGCAAGUAGACAAUGCAUCUGUUUCAUCGCCAUGCGUCGGCCAAUGCAUGAACGAUUGCCGAUGGCAAAAGGUAAGGAGCCAUGCGAUUGCAAUACUUCGCGUAAUUCGCCAGUUUCCUCGUUGCGUUGCCAACGCUCUGGUUUUGCCGUCUCUGGAUCUGGGAAAUGUUUCGGCUCGCGACCGGCGGUGUACAAGGAGAGCAACACUAAGCUCUGUUAUUUAUGAGUUAUAAGAGAAAAAGUUAUAUUUUAGAGCUUAGCGGUAUAAAUGUUAAUAAAGGAGUGAGGAAAAACGUGUAAUUUAAGGCAACAAACAGUAAAUUAUGCAAUAAAAUUCAAUGUAAGUCUAAUUUGGCAUUUAUAUUAAAAUUAAAAUUAAAUAAAAAAAAAAUAUUUUAUUUUAUAUA